GAAAAGAGCUCAAAAGCUAGUCGAGGCCUCCUCCGCCCCUUUUUUUUCUCCCCCUCCCAAUCGACACAGGAUUCACUCGCCCGCCCAGUUGUUUCUUUUAGUGCCGCCCCCAUUCCGCUCUGAUCCGAGCCUUUCGCUCAAAGCCUCCAGCUUUUCCAAUUGUUUGGUCACUUCGGGAACCAAGGAAUAAGUUCUUGCGCUGUGCGCGAUAGAGAGCCUGAUCCAUCCUUCCCCAUAUCCUAUUCCUGUGGCAUUUCGCUGCGCUUGCGCCCUGUGCGUGGCCACUGCAGGGGAAGGAUUUUGGCCUGGUUUCUCUCUUCUUGGGGUUCCAAGUUUUCGGGCGAGAUCUUCGCCUCAAGGCGGUUCCUUGCUUUUCUGGUAUUGGCGCGGCUCUUGUUGCUCCCCUACAAGUCCAAGGAAAGAAUUUGGAGGCCGUGGGGGGGUCCCUUGCGACCGGUUCUGGUCGAUUUCUCGGGCAGCUCCAGCUGAAUUCAAGAUGCCGCUGUGACCCACCGCUGCCUGGUUUCUUGGAGGAAGGAAAUUUUGCUUCAAUUGGGCCGUUGGGCGUCGUUGAGCUAGACCCCUCCUCCAGCUCUUGAUCCGGUCCAUGGGGCUCUGCCAUGGCAAGCCGACGCAAAUCCCGGAGGCCGAGGCUGAGGAGGAUCCCCACGUAGCCUCCGGCGCGGGCGACGGCGGGGACGGGGCGACCUCGCCGUCGGCGGCGGCGCCCGCGGCGAAGCCAGGCACGCCGAAACAGCCCAAGUUCCCGUUCUACCUGCCGAGCCCGCUCCCGCCGUCCAGCUACAAGGGCUCGCCGGCAAACUCGAGCGUCUCGUCCACCCCGGCGCGCGGCGGGCUCAAGCGCCCGUUCCCGCCGCCGUCGCCUGCCAAGCACAUCCGCGCUCUCCUCGCGCGGCGGCACGGCUCGGUCAAGCCCAACGAGGUGUCCAUUCCCGAGGGCGGCGAGCCGGAGCUCGGCCUGGACAAGAGCUUCGGCUUCUCCAAGCACUUCUUCGCUAAGUACGACCUCGGCGAGGAGAUCGGCCGCGGCCACUUCGGCUACACGUGCUCCGCCAAGGCCAAGAAGGGCGAGCACAAGGGCCAGGACGUCGCCGUCAAAGUCAUCCCCAAGGCCAAGAUGACAACAGCUAUCGCCAUUGAAGAUGUGAGAAGAGAAGUGAGAAUACUGAGUUCUCUGACAGGUCACAGUAACCUAGUGCAGUUCUACGAUGCUUUUGAGGAUGAAGAUAACGUGUAUAUAGUUAUGGAAUUAUGUAAAGGAGGUGAACUGCUGGACAGGAUAUUGGCUAGGGGUGGAAAGUACUCUGAAGAGGAUGCAAAGGUUGUUAUGGUACAAAUUUUGGGUGUCGUAUCAUUUUGCCAUCUUCAAGGUGUUGUUCAUCGUGAUCUGAAGCCGGAGAAUUUCCUUUUCUCUUCAAAGGACGAAAACUCUCCCUUGAAGGUCAUAGAUUUUGGCCUGUCUGACUUUGUGAAGCCAGACGAAAGACUAAAUGAUAUUGUUGGAAGUGCAUACUACGUUGCUCCAGAGGUGCUCCACCGAUCUUACGGCACUGAGGCAGAUAUGUGGAGCAUCGGAGUAAUCGCCUACAUCUUGCUAUGCGGGAGCCGACCUUUCUGGGCGCGCACGGAGUCAGGAAUCUUCCGGGCUGUCUUGAAGGCGGAACCGAGUUUCGAUGAGGCCCCAUGGCCCACUCUCACAGCUGAAGCUAAAGAUUUCGUAAAAAGGCUUCUUAACAAGGAUUACCGCAAGAGGAUGACAGCCGCGCAAGCUCUGAGCCAUCCGUGGAUCCGUAAUGCUCAACAAGUGAAAGUUCCUUUGGAUAUGAUCAUCUAUAAGCUAAUGAGAGCUUACAUCAGCUCGUCUUCGCUGCGGAAGUCCGCUUUGAGGGCCCUAGCCAAGACGCUGACGACGAACCAACUCUUUUAUGUAAGGGAGCAGUUUGAACUGCUGGGCCCAAACAAGAACGGCUAUAUCUCAUUGCAAAAUCUGAAAUCGGCUUUAGUGAAGAACUCCACUGACGCGAUGAAGGACUCUAGGGUUGUUGACUUUGUUAACACGGUGUGCACUCUUCAGUACAGGAAGCUGGACUUCGAAGAGUUCGCCGCUUCCGCCAUCAGCGUUUACCAGAUGGAAGCCUUGGAGACGUGGGAGCAGCACGCGCGGCGUGCGUACGAGCUGUUCGACAAGGAAGGAAACCGGCCCAUCGUGAUCGAAGAGCUUGCAUCGGAACUCGGGCUUGGCCCGUCGGUGCCUCUCCACGUUGUCCUCCAGGACUGGAUCCGGCACGCCGACGGGAAGCUGAGCUUCCUGGGGUUCAUAAAGCUCUUGCACGGGGUGUCGUCGCGCUCGAUCCCCAAGGCCUAGCCAUGCGCCAUCCAUUACUCAUCCCUGCGCAUCCAUAUCCAUCAAGAACCAAGGAGAUGAUGACCGGUGGCUAAGCCAGUCUCUGGCUGGUGCGUGCGUGCGUGCGUGCCGUGUGUAUUGUGUUCUGUUCGAGAGUGGCUGGAGGGUGGUGGACGGCCUGAAACCGUUGCAUGAUGAGGAGAGAUGCUUGGUAGUCCUGUGAGGUAAAAGAGGCAGUAACAAGGCUGGUGCCUGUGCCUUGUACCACUUGUACCCCAUCCCUUGCCACGUGGAUUGAUGGCUGUCGUCGUCGUUGUACUGAAGUAAGGUGCUGUGUAGACGAGUGUACAGAUGAUGGAGGAUAGG